AGGAUCUACACUGAGCUCUACAUCACACAGGGAAAGAGUGAAGAGGUUAAUACCCAACAUGAGGUGUGGCAGCUGGAGACAACGUCCAAGAUGGAGACCCUCAGUGACACUCCAAUCAAGUGCCAGGACAUCUUUAACCCCUUACCUGGCCAAGACACACACAUCAGAGUAGUUGUGACGCAGGGCGUUGCUGGCAUUGGAAAAACCUUCUCAGUGCAGAAGUUCACUCUGGACUGGGCAGAGGGCUCGGAAAACCAACAUGUCAGUCUUGUGGUUCUGCUUUCGUUCCGGGAGCUGAACUUGAUCAAAGAUGAGCGCUACAGUCUUCUCCAGCUGCUCCGUGUUUUCCAUCCAACAUUACAGACGGUCACAGCAGAGAAGCUCGCCGUCUGUAAAGUCGUGUUUAUCUUUGACGGCCUGGAUGAAAGCAGGUUUUUAUUGGAUUUCCAGAACAAUGAGGUCGUGUCUGAUGUCACACAGACAUCAUCAGCAGACGUGCUGUUGACAAACCUCAUCAAGGGGAAGCUGCUUCCCUCAGCUCUCCUCUGGAUAACUUCCAGACCUGCGGCGGCCAAUCAGAUCCCUCCUACAUGUGUGGACAGGGUAACAGAAGUGCGAGGGUUCACUGACCUCCAGAAGGAGGAGUACUUCAGGAGGAGAUCCAGUGAUGAGGAGCUGUGCAGCAGAAUCAUCUCACACAUCAAGGCGUCCAGGAGCCUCCACAUCAUGUGCCACAUCCCAGUCUUCUGCUGGAUCACUGCUACAGUUCUGGAGCACAUGUUGACUACAGACCAGAGAGGAGAGCUGCCCAAGAGCCUGACUGACAUGUACUCACACUUCCUGCUGGUUCAGACACAGAGGAAGAAGCACAAGUACGAUGAGAGACAUGACAGGAGUCAGCAGGAGCUGAUGGAGACUGACAGGGAAGUUCUUCUGAAGCUGGGCAGGCUGGCGUUUGAACAUCUGGAGAAAGGCAACCUGAUGUUCUACCAAGAAGACCUGGAGGAGUGUGGUCUUGAUGUCACAGAGGCCUCAGUGUACUCAGGAGUGUGCACAGAGAUCUUCAAAAGCGAGUGUGUGCUCUUCCAGAGAAAAGUCUACUGCUUUGUUCAUCUGAGCAUUCAGGAGUUUCUGGCUGCAGUCUACAUCUUCCACUGCUACACCAACAGGAACACAGAGGUACUGAAAAUAAUAAGAAAAAAAAAGGGGAGGAGGAAAAUAAAAUUAAAAAGUAAAGCACCAUCAUUGGAUAUCUUCCUGAAGACAGUCAUGUCUGAAGCCCUGGAGAGCAAAAAUGGUCACCUGGACCUCUUUGUCCGUUUCCUUCAUGGCCUCUCACUGAAGUCCAACCAGAAGCUCUUAGGAGGCCUGCUGGGUCAGACAGAGAGCAGACCAGAAGACAUCCAGAGAGCCAUCAGAAACCUGAAGGAGAUGAACACCUACAGUGUCUCACCUGACAGAAGCAUCAACAUCUUCCACUGUUUGAUGGAGAUGAACGACCUCUCAGUACAUCAGGACAUCCAAAAGUUCCUGAAGUCAGAGAACAGAUCAGAGAAGAAACUCUCUGAGAUCCAGUGCUCAGCUCUGGCCUACAUGCUGCAGAUGUCAGAGGAGGUUCUGGAUGAGUUGGACCUGAUGGCGUACAACACAUCAAAUGAGGGACGACGGAGACUGAUCCCAGCUGUGAGGAACUGCAGGAAGGCUCGACUUUCUGGCUGUCGACUCUCAGAGACUGACUGGGAAACCGUGGCCUCGGCUCUGAAGUCCAACCCCCAUCUGACAGAGCUGGACCUGAGUGAGAACGACGAGCUGCAGGAUUCAGGAGUGAAGCUGCUGUCUGCAGGACUGGAGAGUCCAAACUGCAGACUGAAGACUCUCAGAUUGAGGAGCUGCUGGUUGUCAAAGAGCUGCUGUGCUUCUCUGGCCUCGGCUCUGAAGUCCAACCCCCAUCUGACAGAGCUGGACCUGAGUGAGAACCAGCUGCUGGAUUCAGGAGUGGAGCUGCUGUCUGCUGGACUGGAGAGUCCAAACUGCAGACUGAAGACUCUCAGAUUGAGUGGCUGCAGGUUGUCAUGGAGCUGCUGUGCUUCUCUGGCCUCGGCUCUGAAGUCCAACCCCCAUCUGACAGAGCUGGACCUGAGUGAGAACCAGCUGCUGGAUUCAGGAGUGGAGCUGCUGUCUGCUGGACUGGAGAGUCCAAACUGCAAACUGAAGACUCUCAGAUUGAGUGACUGCGGGUUGUCAUGGAGCUGCUGUGCUUCUCUGGCCUCGGCUCUGAAGUCCAACCCCCAUCUGACAGAGCUGGACCUGAGUGAGAACCAGCUGCUGGAUUCAGGAGUGGAGCUGCUGUCUGCUGGACUGGAGAGUCCAAACUGCAGCCUGAAGACUCUCAGAUUGAGGCGCUGCAGGUUGUCAAAGAGCUGCUGUGCUUCUCUGGCCUCGGCUCUGAAGUCCAACCCCCAUCUGACAGAGCUGGACCUGAGUGAGAACCAGCUGCAGGAUUCAGGAGUGGAGCUGCUGUCUGCUGGACUGGAGAGUCCAAACUGCAGACUGAAGACUCUCAGACUGAGUGGCUGCAGCUUGACAGAGAGCAGCUGUGCUUCUCUGGCCUCGGCUCUGAAGUCCAACCCCCAUCUGACAGAGCUGGACCUGAGUGGGAACCAGCUGCAGGAUUCAGGAGUGGAGCUGCUGUCUGCUGGACUGGAGAGUCCAAACUGCAGAGAACAUGUAAAAGACUGGAUUCCAGCUGACAGCCUGAGAGGAUAUGCCUGUGAUCUCACACUGGAUCCAAACACAGCGAACAGAUACCUCCGUCUGUCUGAGGACAACAGGAAGGUGACGGAGGUGAGAGAGCUGCAGCCGUAUCCUGAUCACAAAGACAGAUUUUACCAGAGGUCUCAGGUUCUGUGUAGAGAAGGUCUGACUGGGCGAUGUUACUGGGAGGUCCAGUGGAGUGGAAGGGUUUUUAUAGCAGUGACUUACAGAGGAAUCACAAGAAGAGGUCUUGACUCUGAGCUUGGAGACAAUAAACAGUCCUGGAGACUGAGCUGCUCUGAUGACUUCUACUCUGCCAGACACAACUGGAAGGACACCCGCAUCUCUGUCCGUCCUCGUGGAUCUGACAGAGUAGCAGUGGAUCUGGACUGCUCUGCUGGGACUCUGUCCUUCUACAGAGUCUCUUCUGACAGACUGAGACUCCUCCACACCUUCAGCUCCACCUUCACUGAGCCGCUCCUCCCUGGGUUUCGUUUGUGGUCACCUGGUUCUUCUGUUGUGGUUGAGCUGCCAGUUUCUCAGAAACAAACUCUGACCUGAAAGAGUUCAGAACAUGUUUGGAUGAUUUGUGGUUUCUAGUUUGUUUGGUUUUUAUUGUAUCAGGCAUCUUGGUGGAUAAUUGUUGACUGACUGAUUGGACAGGCUUGUAAAUAUAAUGAGUCAUUAUAAUGUUUGUAUAUUCAAAUCUUAAUGUUGUGCAAAAGUGUCAUUUAAACCUCCUCCU